AUGAACAUGCAAGCGGUUCGCGCACAAAUGCGAACCAGGGAAGUUUCUGAGCGGAAGCAGGUUGGAGAUGCGGAAAGCCUGCUCAACGUGGAAAACUCGCGGAGGCUUCCCCCGGUCGUUUGCCCAAUUUUGAAAGUGCUAGAAGUUGCCGUGUCGCAAUAUACACCAGCUGAGGGUGGUCAUCAUACCCGCCCAGCAUGUCGCGCGUUUGAUGCGAAGGUGCAUAUUCAACCUACCAUACUAGGACAUUUUUGGCUUUUUUCUGCUAUACGUCCCUCGAAGAUGUUACGGCAUUCAAUUGGCUUUCGUCGACAUUGCAUAAACGAUAGGGAUUGGAAGGCCGUUAGCUAUGUGCUGUUUAUGACCUGGUCUGCAAGAUACCCUUUUGGUAACAUUCUAAGAGACGCGGAAGCCCAUUUAUGGAGGUUCAGGUAA